CAACCCGCCAGUAAACCGGAAAAAGAAAACGACAACGAACGGACACAAUCUAAUCGUAAAUAGUUUAAAUGUGUGUUAAACCCUCAAUUUCUACGUUUGUACCCAUUCGUUCAUCGUAUGAAAAAACAAAAGUUGAUUUAUUAUUUGCGUCAGGAAAAAAUCGACUCGUCUCAGUGAACUUGAAAAGCUUCUCAGGCUAGCUUGGCUUGCUAGUUAGCUUAGCUUGUUAGCUGCCGACAAAGAGACUCGGACUUUAUCAACACAUCGCGAAGCAAAUGUGAGUGUAAAGUGUCAAAUGUGCCAAAGAACGACUGCAGAGUACGAGGUGGAACUUUCUCCCACAAAAGAGGAGAAGGAGCGACAACAUCAACUACUGGACGCAGUUUUCAAGGAACAUCAAGUUGUGUCACACAGAACAGACGUCCAGCAGCCCCCCCACAUUAAAGAGGAAGAGGAGGAUCUAUGGAUCACUCAGGAGGAAGAGUGUCUUCUCGGGCAGGAGGAGGCUGAUCUCACCAAGUUUCCACUGACUGUUGUCUCUGUGAAGACUGAAGACCAUGAAGAGAAACCACCUGAGUGCUCACAGCUUCAUCACAGUCCAAAUGUCCAGCUGCUUUGGCGUCAAGCAGAACCUCCCCCUCAGUUGCUGGAGGGGAGCUCCACAUUGAAACAGGAUGAUCCACAGCCCCCCCACAUUAAAGAGGAAGAGGAGGAACUCUGGACCACACAGGCUGAAGACCAUGAAGAGAAACCACCUGAGUCCUCCCAGCUUCAUCACAGUCCAGGCGAGGAGAUCCGAGCCGUGGAAUUUCCAAGCAUCAGCUCACCCAAACACAUAACAGAAGCCGAUGUGGACUACUGUGGAGGAUCACAAGCGGACAUCCUCUCAGCUCCACUGUCAGAUAUUGACGACACAACAACACAUGCUAAUGUAAAUAUAGAAUCACACACGAGAACACACUCGAGACAAAAACCUUUUGGUUGUUCUGUUUGUGCAAAAGGCUUCUUUAAAAGUUCGAAUUUGACUCAACACAUGAGAACGCACACAGGAGAAAAACCUUUCAGUUGUUCAGUUUGUGGUAAGAGAUUUGCUAAAAAAGACAACAUGCAAACACACACGAGAACGCACACAGGAGAAAAACCUUUCAGUUGUUCAGUUUGCAGUAAACAAUUUUAUGACAAAAGUAAUCUGCAAAAACAUAUUAGAACACACACAGGAGAAAAAACGUUUAAUUGUUCAGUUUGUCGUAAAAGAUUCUCUAACAAAAGUAAUAUGCAAAUACACAUGAUUAGAACACACGCAGGGGAAAAACUUUUUAGUUGUAUAGUGUGUGGCAAAAGAUAUUCUAACAAAAGUCAUCUGCAAGUACAUAUGCGAACGCACAAAGGAGAAAAACCUUUUAGUUGUUUAGUUUGUCGCAAAAGAUUCACGAAGAAAAGUAAUGUGAAAAUACACAUGAAAAAACAUUCCGGGGGAAACCUUUAUAGUUGUUCUGUUUGCACAAAAGAAUUCGUUAAAAACUCAAAUUUGACUCGACACAUGAGAACACACACAGGAGAAAAACAUUUCAGCUGUGCAGUCUGUAGUAAUAAAUUCUCUAGCAAGAGUAAUAUGCAAAUACACUUUAUGAGAAUACACACAGGAGGAAAAAACUUUUAGUUGUAUAUUGUGUGGCAAAAGAUAUUCUUACAAAAGUAAAAUGCAAAUACAUAUGAGAACGCACAGAGGAGAAAAACCUUCAAGUUGUUCAGUUUAUCACAAAAGAUUCACGAAGGAAAGUAAUGUGAAAAUACUAGGAGUGGGCAAAUUCAUGCGUUAAUUACGAGUUAACUCAUCAAUCUAUUAACGCUGACAAUUAUUUUAUCGCAUAUUUGCGUAUAUUGUUUACAUGCUUUUAUUUUGUUAACGCCUUUUCUUAACAAGAUGGCAUCUCCCGGAUGUACUUCGGCGUGGAGGGGCUCUUGGUAAAGAUGGAACAUUUGGCAAAAAUACCGGACAAUUCUGCAAAUUUCCUGGCUGGCUUACAGCGUGGUCACUCCGGGAUCACUUACGACCGCCAGACAAUUCUGAAUGUGGAUAGACCGGGCCGUUUUGGACUGAUAGACGCGUGCUUGCUAGACCGGCUAGCUAGCAUGGGAAUACUUUGCCGGCUACAUCCAGCGGCCUGUGAAGCAGCGGAGUAUAUGUGUUGUCUGUCUAUUUAGGAAUAAUGCAGACCAGGAGUGUUGGCUGAGUUCUUAACGUUUAUUUUCAGAGCGUGCAUAUCACAACAUACAAGAUGCCGUCAUGGCGACACAACCUAUACCGGGCUACCGCGCAUGCUCCUCACUCCUGUUGCAUGCUGGGUAGGGUAGUUCUUUUUUUCCCUGGCUCAUAACAUCACAAUAUAGUACCAUGUAUAUGAUGCCUUCAGUUUAUCAAAGCACCAAGCAAACAAUCGGAAAAUUCCCAUCAUAUCAAUUCCGAGAUAUGGUCAUAAUUAUUUUAAGUGCACUACGCAGAAUAAACACAACAUUAUUAAUAUUACUAGUAAGGAUAAUUUGAUCAAAAAUUCCCUAAAACAGCCCACUACCUAUAAUAUAAGUUUUUUAAACAUAAGAUCCCUGAUAAAAAAAAAUGUUUCUGCUGUUAACUCAGAAAUUGCCUGUUCAGAUGUUAUGAUUGUGGCUCAGAGAUUUGUAUGUAGAUUAUAUUUAUUUUCCAUAACAAACAGGAUAACUUAAAUACCCUGGCAGUGACAAUAAGCUUAAAUGUUUGUAUUUACAUUUUUUGAGUUGAUUUUCAUCAAAUAUGCUAUUUAACUGCUACUGUUUAACAAGGACUGAUUUAAAUUGUGUUUGCACAACACAUGUUUUGGCGCUUUUGUUCAUGUGGGAGAAUAUUCCAAUAAAGGUGCACUACACACUACUUUUGAAUUCAUUAUUGGGCUUUGCGUAUACAAUGCAGUUAAUCGCGAUUAAUCAGAGAAAAAGUGUGAUUAACUUUGAUUAAAAUCUUUAAUCGUUGCCCAGCCCUAGAAAAUACACAUGAAGAAACAUUCCCGGGAAAACCUUUUUAGUUGUUCCGUUUGCACAAAAGAAUUAGUUAAAAACUCAAAUUUGACUCGACACAUGAGAACACACACAGGAGAAAAACAUUUCAGUUGUUCAGUCUGUAGUAAUAAAUUCUCUAGCAAAAGUAAUAUGCAAAUACACUUUAUGACAGGGGUGUCCAAAACGCAGCCCGGAGGCCAUUUGCGGCCCGCAGGUCAUUUUUUAACGGCCCCACGGCACAUUUUAAAAUUACAAUUGAAAACAUUUCUAAACGUAAAAAUUAGGAGCAAACGGGUGAAAUGUGGCAAGAAAAUGUUGCAAUGUUUACUCUAAUAACACAAAGCUGCCAUGCAGGCUGUUUCUACUUUAAAAAAUAAUAAUGAAUCAAAAUCAAUGUCACUAUGAAUUAUUGACCUAUUCAAGGCUCCAAUUACGUCACGUUAAAUUUUCCACUUUGAGAUAUUUUUGGGGGAAAAUGUUGCAUAUUUUGUGUUUGCCAUAUAAAAAACUGAGCUGUUUUUUUUUUUUAAAGAAGGGCCUAAAAUGAACAAACAAAAAACAUAAACAAAAAUAAAAAUUAUAAUUGACGGAUAGAUCUGAAGUUGAUCUCGAUAUUAUUGUGUUAAAAGUAAACAGUAAAAAAAUUUAUAAUUUAUUUUUUAACACUUUAAUGAGUAGAACCCUUUUGGAUCCCCAAUAAUUUUAGUGAUUUGUUUUUAAGUGUCAUUGCUCAAAAAAUAAUAAUGAAUCAAAAUCAAUGUCAUUAUGAAUUAUUGACCUAUUCAAGGCUCCAAUUACGUCACGUUAAAUUUUCCACUUUGAGAUAUUUUUGGGGGAAAAUGUUGCAUAUUUUGUGUUUGCCAUAUAAAAAACUAAUGCUGUUUUUUUUUAAAAAGAAGGGCCUAAAAUGAACAAACAAAAAACAUAAACAACAAUAAAACUUAUAAUUGACGGAUAGAACUGAAGUUGAUCUCGAGAUUAUUGUGUUAAAAGUAAACAGUAAAAAAAAUUAUACUUUAUUUUUUAACACUUUAAUGAGUAGAACCCUUUCGGAUCCCCAAUAAUUUUAGUGUGAUUUGUUUUUAAGAGUCAUUGCUCAAAAAAUAAUAAUGAAUUAAAAUCAACGGGGUUAUGAGUUAUUGACCUUUUUAAUGCUCCAAUUAUUAUAUAAUCUCAAGUAUUCCACUUGAAAAAAAAUAUUGGGUGAUAAUAUUGCAUAUUUUGUGUUUUUUUUCCAUCAAAAAACAGGGUUUUCUUUGACAAAAAGAGCAUACAACUUAAAUCUUUAAAAUCAUUAUAUUGACAGAAGGACCUAAUGUUGAUAUGGAGAUUUAAAACUUGAAUAGUAAAACAAAAUAAUACUGAAUAAUGACACCCAUCCAUCCAUUUUCUACCGCUUAUUCCCUUUCGGGGUCGCGGGGGGCGCUGGCGCCUAUCUCAGCUACAAUCGGGCGGAAGGCAGGGUACACCCUGGACAAGUCGCUACCUCAUCGCAGUGAAUAAUGACACAUUUUUUAUACUUUUUUGACCAAAACCGUUGGGUUUUGGUCAAAAAAAUAUAAAAAAAUGGUAUAAAAUACAAAACCUUGAUCCUUUCAAUUACUGAAAAAAUGAAAUGGUUUGUAAUGAACGACAAAUAGUGUUUUUAAUGAUCCAUUAAAGAUAAUUGUUAGAAUAUUUCUCCUUUUUCACUAAAUGAAUAACUGGGACAAAAAAAUACACAACCUGUUCCAACGCCCACUCAGCAGUUUAGUUAGGGAUGUUUUCGUCCGAAAAUUGUCUCCGGUCCUCUUCCAUGUUGCCUGUAAUUGUGUACCAGUGGUUCUUCUUCUUUGACUUUGUCAGAUCACGUUUGUUCACGUGAGAUUUGGGACUUGGAGGACUAGAGUCUGGCUCGGUGAUGGAGCAGAAUUGUAAUAUAAGUGUUGAUGAGAUGGUAGCACACCACACUCAUAACUGUUGUCAGGUUCAAACAGCGAUGACAUCUAUUAAACAAGACAAGAAGCAAGGAAAUAAACAGAGACAGAAUUCUAUUUUGCUCAAUUUGUGGAGAGACGUGGGGACUGUACUCUCUGUACAGUCUUGCCCCAGGUUCACGUCUCCUCUUUUAUUUGAGUAUUCCCUGUUUACAGAACAUGUGUUUCUAAAGGAGCGGGGGUUAUGUACACGGCUCUUGUUUUUGGUCACAUUGACACGAAAGAAAAAGAUGCCUCGGGCUUUGGUUAGUCCUGGAUUCAGCUCGGGCUGCGGGCUAAGGUGUCCUGGUGCCGAGUGCACAUAUGGACACCCUUAUGUCUGAUUCCUGGACAUGCAAGUUUAUGUUUGAUAGUUAUCUUUUGUACAUUUUUUGUCCUUG